UAUCGUCGCUGUCCGAUGAAAAACACGUAUCUCCAGUUUUUGCGUUUUUUACUUUUUUUCAUGUGUUGAAUGUGGGAAUGCAUCUCUACCUAUCCAUACAAGUGAAGAUGAAAAUGACCAAUCAAAAGUCUGAAAAAUCGCUCAUCUGUUUUCCGCGUAUCUCCAUUGGCUGCUAGACCUGUCUGUCAAACCGCGUAUCUCCUCCUCCCAACCCCCGCCACCUCUCUCUGUGGACGUGAAGAAAGUUGUUCUCCGGCAGCGUAGCUCAAACACUCAAGACCAGAAAUGUCUCUCUCAUUGAAAGAGCUAUGUGCACUGGUAAAUGUACCGUAUGAUAGGACACUGGAGGAAAAGGUGUUUAGUGAGGAAGAUGAGGAAGACGAGGAAGAGGAUGCACUUUGCCCCAGAAAUAUCUCUGGACAAGAACAGGCCACUGAGGAUGUGCAAGAUCAGGUGGAACAUAAUGAAUCCGAAAAAGACGAUGCACAUUGUUCAAAAAAUAUCUCUGGACAAGAGGAUGCUGCUGAUGGACAAGAUCAAAUGGCACACAAUGGAUCUGAACUAGUGGAUGCACAUUGUUCAAGAAAUAUCUCUGGACAAGAGGAUGCUGCUGAUGGACAAGAUCAAAUGGCACACAAUGGAUCUGAACUAGUGGAGGGCAAUAAAGAAAAUGAUGUAGCUGAGGAGGCUUUAGGUGGAGAGUCUCGCAUGGGAAGACCAAAAAGGCGGACAAACACAGAGACCUGGAAAGUCAACACUCAGAAAAGGAGAAGAAUGAUGGGUCAGUCAUAUCUUGGAAGAAGGCAAAAUGAGGAAGUGACGAGGGAAGAAAGAAAAAUGGGUAGGCCAUGCCAGUCUGUAUUUUGUAGGAAAUCGAAAAAGCUGCACUGUGAAGCAAUACAGGAAGCGGACAGGGAGGCAAUUUUUAAAUACUUCUGGGAAAAAUUAGACUGGAGGGAGAGGAAAAUUUAUGUUGUGUCACUGGUAGAUGUAGGCCCUGUGAGAAGACGACGGACAGGAGAAGAACAGUCAAGGAGGUCAGCAUCCAUUCUGUGUCACCUUAAAGUGGAUGGCAAAAGGACCAGGGUAUGUCAGAGCAUGUUUCUUUCAACACUAGGGAUCAAGCAGUGGUGCUUUCUAAGUUGGGUUGGCCGGAGAGAGCCUGAAAAGAUAAAGAAAACCAGCAUCAGGAAUGAAGAGGUUGAGUUCCUUCAGCAGUUUCUAAAGGACCUUCCUAAGGUUCCAUCUCAUUACUGCAGAUCUUCCUCUACAAAAAUGUACUUGGAACCUCUUUUUAAAUCCAUCAGCCAUCUUCAUUCUGAAUACACCCAUGCUUGUGCAGAAAAUAAUGUCCAGUCUCUUUCAAGACAAGUAUUCAGUAGCAUUUUUAACCAAUUAAAUCUCUCGCUGUUUCACCCCAAGAAAGAUCAGUGCAAUACGUGCUGUUCAUAUAAAGUUGGAAACAUAGAUGCUGGCACAUGGGAAGAACAUUGCAGGAAGAAGGAGUCAGCAAGAGUGAGCAAGCAGGAAGAUAAAAACAAUGCAACUGAGAAAACAAUGGUGGUGUGUAUGGAUCUGCAGGGUUUACUUCUUUGCCCCAAACUUCAAGCCUCAGCACUCUACUAUAAAACCAAGCUUGGUGUCCACAACUUCACAAUGUACAACAUGGCAACCCAUGAUGCUACUAAUUAUUUGUGGCAUGAAGGGGAAGGUGGACUCACAGCUAAUGAAUUUGCUUCAUGUAUCAUCCACUUCCUUGAGGAACACAGCAUGCAUGAUGAAUACAUCUUAUGGAGUGAUGGAUGCAGCUAUCAAAAUCGCAACAUAGUUUUAAGCAAUGCUCUGCUGAAGUUUGCAACUGAGAAGCAAAAGGUCGUUACCCAGAAGUACUUGGAAAAAGGGCAUACACAAAUGGAAUGCGACUCCGUGCACAGCGUGAUAGAGAGAAGACUGAGAGACAGAGACAUCCAUGUUCCAGCCGAGUAUGCCACGGUGAUCAGAGCAGCACGGUCCAAUCCCAGGCCAUACAAUGUGCAAUAUGUCAACCACAGUUUCUUCCAGGACUACAGCAAGCUGAAGCUUUGUAAGUCCAUCCGUCCUGGCAAAAACCCUGGAGAAUCAACUGUGUUUGACCUCCGGGCUAUCAGGUAUGCUCCAUGACAUAGAUUCUCAUCUGUCUCACUCUAGUACGCUCAAUUAUGUCUCAUUGAGUUGCACAAACAUAAAUAAAAAAUUAACAAAACAGACAUUCGCGAUUAAGAUAAUGGCAGUUCUUAUCACCACCCGACUGAUAUAUCCCUGGUAUCAUUACUGGUUAUAUUAAACUGUUGUUAUACUUACCUUAGCACUUUGAAUGACCGUUGUGUAUGAAAGGUGCUAUAUAAAUAAACUUGCCUUGCCUUAGAUGCUUACCUGUUAUACUUACCAUAGAUGCUUACCUGUUAUACUUACCUGUUAAACUUACCAUAGAUGCUUACCUGUUAUACUUACCAUAGAUGCUUACCUGUUAUACGUACCUGUUAUACUUACCUUAGAUGCUUACCUGUUAUACUUACCUGUUAUAAAUUUGCACACUUUUUGUGUUUUUUACCAUUUGCUCUCUUCCCUCUGUUUUCCUUUGAUC